AUGUCACUGCCGCGAACACUAGGUGAGCUCCAGCUCUACCGGGUUCUACAGAGGGCCAAUUUGCUUGCGUACUAUGACACCUUCAUCCAGCAGGGAGGUGACGAUGUGCAACAGCUGUGCGAAGCUGGUGAGGAGGAGUUUCUUGAGAUCAUGGCCUUGGUUGGCAUGGCGACUAAACCGUUGCAUGUGCGGCGCCUGCAAAAGGCCUUACGGGACUGGGCAGCGAACCCCACUGUCUUCAACCAGCCAUUGGCCACCAACGUGGCCCACACAGGCAUUCCCUUGUUGAAGAUCGACAGUACAGGUGCAGGAGGAACUGGCUCCUUAGGGUCUAGAAAAUUACUGAGCAACGGCCAGCCAGGAUCACCUUGUGACAGGGAGGAGCGAGGAUCGUGCCUCACACCGUUAAGGGACACUAACAGCCCUCGGAGCCCCUGUUCCCAGGCUUCCCCGUUGCCCCCAGACCCUUUGUAUCGGGACAAACUCUCCCCAAUGGACCCUCAUUGGCUCAGCCCCGACCUGGACACAUGUGGAGGAACAGAGGAGGACCAGUCCAGCCCCCCACUCCCCCUCACCGUUCACUCCCGUCCUGCAGGUCCCUCCACACCUCCUGCCUCCUCCUCUUCCUCCGCGUCCUCAGCCACAUCUCCCUGGCCUGGCGGUCAGCUGGAUCCAGAGACGGUGAGGGCAGUAGGGGAAAGCGUGGACCGGCUCCUCAGGACCAUGCCCCGAGCUGACCCUGGGGAGGUGCACACUCUGCUUAGGCUCAAUAAGAAAAUGGCCAAGACAGUGGGUCACAUCUUCAGCUCAGAUCUGCAAGAACGCAACAAAGAAGAGGAGAUCCGCAAGUACAGCCUCAUCUAUGGGCGUUUUGACUCCAAAAGGAGAGAGGGAAAACAGCUCACCCAUCAUGAGAUGAUCAUCAAUGAAGCAGCUGCCCAGUUCUGCAUUCGUGACAAUGCCCUGUUGUUAAGAAGAGUUGAACUCUUCUCAUUGGCCAGGCAGGUGGCAAGAGAGUGUGCCUAUACAUCCACACUUAAACACACCAGGUCAGACACAGAGGACAGCACUGCCCACGUUCAGAAGAGAAUCAAACAUGAGGCUACAGAUUCAGAAAGCCGAGGACUAGAGGGGGCAGAAGUCAUAGGUCAUGGUCACCUUAGAUCAGUGACAGAUGAGGACAGCUUAUCUGGAGAGAGUUUGGACAGUUUAACGCAAGACAUAGGCCCUCAGUUCAACCCCUCCUCAUCCCCCCGCCCCCUCACCGACAACACUGGCCCUGUCAGCUGGAGCCGCCAACUCAUGCAACAAACGCUCAUGGAUGAGGGCCUACGAUUGGCUAGAAUGGUGUCACAUGACCACAUGGGCAAGGUCAGCCUAGGGUCAGAGAAGAGACAGACUUCAGAGCUGGAUGGUAAAGUGCCUGAGAGGAAAGGAUGUAGUGGCACACAGAGAAGCGGAAGCCCUGGAAGCACCAAAGAUGACUCUGAUAACAGUGGAAAGUGA